AUGGAACCAAACACCCAGAGCACUCCUGUCACGCUCCAUCGCAAGCAAUACCUAGCCUUGAGCUUUGCUCCUGCCAAAAGCACCAAUGGUGGUGAGACACAGUGGGACUUUGAUGAUCAAAAUCAAAAGGUGACCAAAGUCACCGAAGAACAGCCCGAAAAUACCCCAUCAAAGCCUUUUGAGAUCCCUGCAGGAAAGUACUUUCUAUCUUUGAAACUCAUCAACGAUGUACCUACGAAUGAUGGGCUCUAUCUGCAUAAAAUGUGGCACAUGGAAUCUGAAUCUGGGCCCCGAAGAGUGGAAGACGGUCAGGUAGCCAAGAUCCGUGCUGUUGGCAAAUUUGAAGGCGAUCUGGGUGAAUAUGAGCCAACAUAUGCAGUUCGUCCAACAAAAACAAAGGUAGUCCGGCUAGGCGAAAUCAAAUUAUCUCUCGGACUUCGUGAAUAUGAAUUGGUGGGCGACAUCCAUUUCUGCUUCAAGCGGGGAUCUGAAGGUGGAUGGCCCUCUAUAUUUCCCUUCAAAAAGCCCUCUGCGAACCUCAAGUAUCAUAUUCUUGUCAAUUAG